AUGACAAUCUUUGUCAUAAAUGAACAAGUUGAUUUAUCCAAAUCUUGUCAAUACCUACGUCUACCUCAUCCUCGUACAGGUCAACCGCAACUAUAUCUCCCAACUACUUCUUGUUCAAAUAGCGGUUCGCGAAUUGUGACGAAUGAUGAAGAACCGGAACGAUAUUAUGGUUUGGUACAAGUCGUAAGAUUUAAUAAAGGUCGAACAUGGUUCAUAUUACCAGAUACUAUCGAUGUCGGUGAUAUAUUACUUCAUAUACCUAUAGACCCUUUAUUCCUCGUUAUACCACUUAUAACAUCCCUUAUACCCAAUGGUGACUCAAACACUCCAUUCCAACCCUUAGAAGACCUCUUCUCUCAAUUAAUUUCGUCGUCCUCUUUCGCCAUCCCUCCCCCUUUUUCGAAAGAACCCCAGAAUGGAGAUAAGAAUGAAGAAGGGAGAUAUAAUCCUGAUAUUGGGAGAUUAUUGGAGAUUAGGAUCAUAAGUGAUGUUUUCAAAUUAUGUUGUGAUCAAAAAGACAUUUCUUCUGAAACAGAAAUAACAGAAACAUAUUACCGUCCUUCCCUCUCCCUCAUCCUAAACCUGAUUCAACAAAAAGUCGACCAUUUCCAACGAAACGAAUUUCAUAAAUUUGAUCAUCUUAUACGAUCUCUUCUUCGAGAUGGUAUCCUCGUACACACUGAUCAAGGCGAUUAUGGUUUAGCUACAGGAGUAGAAGAGAUGGUUUGGGAACAAGCCAGGCAAAAAGCUGCUGUGGAACAUAUGAAUGAAUGGUUAAGUUCUGUCGUUCAGACCGCUUUGAUGGAUACGUAUGAUUUUUCAGCACUGAAAAACCAUUUGGCCAACCGAGCUGCAGCAGAUAUAAUAUCAUCUCAACCGGUUGUUAACGAUAAGCCUAAAGCAGGUGUGAAACGUAAAGCUCCUCCUGCUUCUCGUGGAGUCGAAAUGUUGAAAAAAGUCAAUACUAGCAAUAUGUCAAAACUCACUUCUUUCUUUAAACCUAAACCUGAGAAAUAA